UUCCCUUUACCUGCACCCAUCCGAUGCUCUAGGCGUGCAUCUCGUUUCGCAUCAGCUCGUCGGACUUGAUAAUUACAGCGUUUGGAGUCGCUCCAUGAGGAUCGCGUUGUUGGCGAAGAACAAACUUCGCUUCGUCAAUGGCGACUGUUGCAAAGAGCAAUAUGAUUUGCUGCUUCAUCCGCAGUGGGAGCGAUGUAAUGCCAUUGUUCUUUCAUGGAUUCUUAACUCAGUGAGUCAAGAAUUAUCAGUGGGAUCGUUUUUGCUUCAAGUGCUGUCGUUUGGGAUGAUUUGAAGGAGCGUUUCGACAAAAUCGACAGUUCUAGGGGUUUCUUCCUUCACUGAUCGAUAGCUACGUUGGUACAGGGAGACUCUUCCGUUUCUGUUUAUUACUCCCGUCUUAAGCAGUUAUGGGAUGAGUUUAGCUCGUUUCCUCUUGCAAUUGUGAGGUUGCAUAGCAGAACUCAGCUCAUAUUGUCCAUAAGAAACUCUUUUAGUUUCUGAUGGGUUUGAAUGAAACGUAUUCGACGAUAAGAAGCCAAAUAUUAAUCAUGAGGCCGUUGUCCACUGUAAAUCAAGCUUAUUCUAUCAUUGCCCAAGAGGAAUCUCAACGAUUACAGCUUUCCGAGGGAUCUAUUGAGACUUUUGUUAUGUUCUCCAAUGUUUUGAAAGGGGCAGAUCGAAGACGUUUUUCAGGGACAUGUGAAUAUUGUAAGAUCAAAGGGCAUCGAAAGGAGAACUUCUAUCGUCUGAUAGGGUUUCCUCCUGACUUCAAAUUUACUCGGAAGAAGUCUCCUCAGGCAGCUAUGGCAAUGGGAGCUGAGUCCAACGAUUUGAGCAAGGAUCUUGGUUUGCUGAUUUCUUCUCCUGCUUCAGUCGUGCCCACAUUUACUUCUGAGCAGUAUAACCAGAUCUUGGGUUUGUUAAAUCAGGCUCCUACUUCAGAUUCCUGUGGGAAUCUUGCAGGAUCACUUCAAUGGCAAGAUCAUGGGGAUUGGUAAAGAGUAUAAGGGGCUUUAUUACUUUGAAUCUCAUAAAGAAGCUG